AUGCAAUUACAUACUGAAUGGUCUGAACAGCAAAGGCGACGUCUUUAUCGAAUUGCUUUAAAUUUUUUUAACAAAAAACCUGAUCGCGGUAUUCAAUUACUUAUUCGUUGGGGUUUUGUUGAAGAAAGUCCUCCAGUAAUUGCUCGACUUUUUAGAGAGAGACGAGGUCUUUCACGACAAAUGAUUGGAGAAUAUUUGGGUACUCUUCGUUCACCUUUUCAUAAAAAAGUUUUGGAACACUUUAUUUCUGACCUUCCAAUGCAUAAUGUUGAGAUUGAUAUAGCUUUACGUCAAUUGCUCAAACAUUUUAGACUGCCUGGAGAAGCACAGAAAAUUGACCAUAUUAUUCAGACAUUUGCUCACAUUUAUGUAGCUUACAACCCUCAUCUUUCUUCAAAAAAUGGUUCUGAUAGUAUGUAUAUUUUGGCAUUUGCUGUAAUUAUGUUAAACACUGAUUUACACACACCUUCAUUAAAAGACUCUAGAAGGAUGAAAUUGGAUGAAUUUAUUAAAAAUUUGUGUAGAGUGGAAGAAGGCAAAAACUUGGACAAAAAAAUGCUUGCUGGCAUAUAUGAAAGGGUAAAGGAAUUUGAAUUUCGUACUGAUCAGGACCAUGUGUCUCAAGUAUUGAAAAUUGACCAAUGUAUUGUUUCCAAGGAGAAACAGGUAAAAAUACAUAUUAUUUUUUAUUUUAAAAUUGACUAA